UAUCACAAACAAAGCUCUAGUCAGUGAGCCAGUCAGUCAUGGUGCCAAAAGCACUGCUUGUUUCCAUCCUCAAGUUCUCCAUGACUGUCAUUUUUGCAGCUUGGCUUUGCCUCUGGUUUCUCAAACCAACCCAUGUCUGGAAAAGCUCCUGGCAUGAUGCAGAGGAUUGGGCAACCAUUACUUUUCUGGGAGCCUCUGGUUUUAAUGUAGUAGUAUUCUGUUUCCCUCUUUUGGCUGUGGCUGCCAUGGUUUAUGUUCAUAUUCAUAUGGGUGCAAGGAAGGGGAGGGUCAGGUAUGGGUUCAUUGAAUUGCUCAGCAGGCUGGGAAAAUUUAACCCACUCAUUGUGAGAAGUCCUGUAGGAGUAAUUUCAAUUGGUGAGCUUAUCUUUGUGGCUAUCUUCAUUCUGCUCCUAGCUUGGACAUAUUACAGUAAUGUCUCCAGUGACUUCAAGAGUAUGACAUCCUCAAAGUCUAUGAAACUGAGCAGAUGGCAACUGAAGGUAAUGAGGUUAGGUGUGAGGUUUGGUUCACUCAGUGAAGCAUGCCUUGCAGUCUUGUUAUUGCCAGUUCUCAGAGGGAUGGCUUUGUUCAGACUCUUUGGUAUUCAGUUUGAGGCUUCAGUAAGAUACCAUAUUUGGAUUGGAAACACACUGAUUAUGUUCUCUGUUUUGCAUGGUCUGUUUAUCAUGUUCAGUUUGGCGGCCAAAAACAGCCUCUUAGAGGAGAUAACAAAAUGGCAGAGAACAGGACGGGUAUAUCCUGCUGGUGCAAUCACACUUGUUGUUGGCCUUUUUAUUUGGAUGACAUCUCUUCCUCAAAUAAGAAAAAAGAAGUUUCUUAUGUUCUACUCAUUCCACCAUUUAUAUGUUGUCUUCCUUUUGUUUUUCCUGCUGCAUGCUGGAGACAGGCAUUUCUACUUAAUAUUCUCCGGUGUACUCCUCUUUGCUCUCGAUAAGAUUUUGCGUUUCAUUCAGUCAUCGCAAAGCUGUUGAAUUAUUUCAGCAAACAUACUAACAUGCAAAGCAGUAGAACUCACUCUCCGAAAGCAUCCUAGAUUGAAAUACACCCCUACAAGUAUCAUAUUUCUAAAGAUACCAUGCAUAUCAAAAGUUGAGUGGCAUCCUUUUAGCAUAACUUCAAGUGCAAACAUCGACGGUGACAAACUCUCGGUGUUGAUUAAAUGCCAGGGACACUGGACUGAUUCAGUAUACAACCGGAUUCAGGCAAUGUUAAAUAAUGAUCAUGAAAAGAAACUCUCUGUUGCAGUUGAAGGUCCAUAUGGACCUGCAACUUUUCCCUACCAAAGAUAUGACAGCUUAAUACUAAUUGCUGGAGGAUCUGGUAUCACACCAUUUUUGAGUAUUUUACAAGACAUUGUUGCUCAAAGAAUUGGUCCUAAAAAUACUUGUGCUGUGAAAAUACAGCUAAUUUAUACAGUAAAAAGGUCAGAAGAUCUGAGUAUGUUGGCCCCAAUUUCUGAAUUACUUUUGUACAAUGAAUUAGAUGGGUUUCGACAACUUGAGUUAAAGAUUUUUGUUACACAAGAAGAGAAAUACUCUGCCACAGCUAGAGAAAUACUUCAUGAGAUGUGUCAAGUAAAGACUGUUAUCUUGGAUGUAAAAUCAUCUCAAGAAGAUGUAAUCAGGCCUGAAAGUUUAUUGUGGAAGGCUACAGUCACUGUAUUGUCCUCAUUAACAUUUCUAGCUUGUGUUGUUGUGUUGAACCGAGUUUUCGGUCAUCAAGGAAAGAGAGCAUCACAAGACAAAGCACCCUCAUGGGUUAAUGAUCUUCUAGUAUUAUGUUCCUUGAUAAUUGCUGCAAGUGUUACCAUCUGGCCACCAUCUUUACUGAAGUUGAGGAAGUCAGUGAAGGAUAUGUGUUAUGAUUCACAGAGCAAUGUUAGAGCCUCAGAAAUUCAAGAUGUGGAAAUAAGGAAUUGCCAAGAAGAUAUUGAAAUAAAUUUUGGAAAGAGACCAAAUUUGGUUGAUGUGCUUUCAGAGUUGCCCAGAGAAACAGGUGAAGAUGAAGUUGGUGUUAUUGUAUGUGGCCCGGAGUCUAUGAAACAAGCAGUGGCCUCAUUUUGCAAAACUAAUGGGAAAAAGAAACAUUCAGGAGGAACAAAACAUGAGAAUUUAUUUACUUUUCACUCAAUUAACUUCUCUCUGUAGGUGUAUGUUCUAUGUCCAACUUAAUAUUAAUUUGUCAUUGAAAUAACAUGGUAGCUGUUGAACUUUUAAUCUUAAUGUAAGUGAUUUUUAGGAGUAA